UUCAGUCUGGACAAGGUUGAGAUUACGUUUUUCUCGCAGUCGUACAUCGUCUGCCUCCUCGUCCGCCAGUGGGUCUCGUCUCAAAAUACCCAGAGACUGGAAUAUGACGCUCAGCUCAGGCAAAUUCUGUCAUCAAUCUCAGAAAGCGAGACGCAAAAAUAAUGUUGGGCAUGCAAAAGUAUGCAGCUGGAUGUCUGCCGAUUUGUGGAUUUCAUUCGGAAAUUAUGCCGGAAUUUUCCAAAAAUCCAGAAAUAUUAAGGAGGAAAAAACUGACACAUUUGUAUAUCGAAUGUUCAGGAUGCGAACGUAUGUAGCUGGAUGUCUGGCGAUUUGUGGAUUUAAUUCGAGUGCAAAAAUUCCGCCGGAAUUAAAAAAAACUGAAAUAUUAAGGAGAUACAAACGUCCACAUUUAGGAGUUCAGGCUGCGUGGGAGAGUCCAAUUCUGGAUAUCACCUUGUCCCAGUUAAUACAAGGAGCGACCACGCCGGAGGACACCGCCCGGUAUCGUGCCCUGCGGGAUAAGUUUGCCGGCGCUUGGCUUAAUGCCCUUCCAUCUCCUCAACUUGGAACCCUACUAUCGAACGAAUCGUUUCGCAUUGCAGUUUCCCUCCGUUUAGGGUGUGACGUCUGUCAACCCCACAAAUGUCCAUGCGGGGCGCAAGUUACUGGUCGAGGCUACCAUGGCCUUUCUUGUCGGCGCAGCGCAGGGCGAUGGUCCCGCCAUGAGGCCGCCAACAACGUAAUUGCGAGAGCGCUCCGUUCGGCGGAAGUUCCUUGCAUCCGGGAGUCUGCGGGAUGCUCCACUCAAGACGGAAAGCGUCCCGACGGAAUGACACUAAUUCCGUGGUCAAGAGGAAAAUCCUUGGUUUGGGAUGUUACAUGCGUAGAUACUUUCGCCCCCAGUUACCUUCCCGAAACUGUGCGCUACCAAGGCGCUGCUGCCAGCAAGGCGGAAGAUAGUAAGAGGAGGAGGUACGCCUUCCUCCUGGAUCGUUUUAUUUUUGUCCCCGUCGCAAUGGAAACGACUGGGGUGUGGGGCCAAGAGGGGCUCCUCCUCAUCAACCAAAUUGGCGAGCGGAUAGCCGCAAGAACCGGACAGCCCAAUGCUGUCACAUUCCUCCGCCAAAGAAUCUCGCUGGCUGUUCAGCGGGGAAACGUUGCCUCCAUUUUAGGGACACUCCCGGAAGGCAAAGAAUUGGAAGAGGUGUAUUAUUUUUAAUUUAUUUUUUAACUUAUUUUGACUUUUUUUAAAAAUGAUUUCUUCGUUUUUUAUUCAGGUUAGGGAUUUUUAAUGUACGACUCCUUUGUAGUCAGCUUUUUUGAUGUGUAAUUUUUGUAAUGCGUAUGCAAUGAUAAUAAGUGAAAUAAAAUUUAACAGUAUUUAUAAACUUAA